CUCCGGUGCAGUAGGGGGCGGUGUGCGCUUCAUGGGAGGUAAUCAAAACAUAAGAAGGCGGAAGAAGAAGAAGAAGAAGAAGAAAACCUGAACAGCAGCUGAUCUAUCUCCAACAAGAAAAUGGACACCCGUUUUACUCGAGGGAAAUCUAACAUCUUGGAGCGACCCCUGACCCGACCAAAGACCGAAGUCAGCGUGAGUGCUUUUGCCCUCCUGUUCUCAGAGAUGGUGCAGUACUGUCAGAGCCGCGUGUACUCCGUGUCCGAGCUGCAGACACGCCUGGCGGACAUGGGCCAGAGCGUCGGAGCCAGCAUGCUGGACGUGCUGGUGCUGAGGGAGAAGAACGGGAAGAGGGAGACCAAACUGCUCAACAUGCUGCUCUUCAUCAAGGUCAACGUGUGGAAGUCUUUGUUUGGGAAGGAAGCAGACAAGCUGGAGCAGGCCAACGAUGACGACAAGACGUAUUACAUCAUAGAAAAGGAGCCACUUAUCAAUGCGUACAUCUCCGUGCCCAAGGAGAACAGCAGCUUGAACUGCGCUGCCUUCACCGCAGGCAUCGUGGAGGCCAUCCUCACACACAGCGGCUUCCCCGCCAAGGUCACCGCCCACUGGCACAAAGGCACCACGCUAAUGAUAAAGUUCAAUGAUUCAGUCAUUGCCAGAGACAAGGCUUUGGAUGGCAGAUAAGGAAGACUGUGGUUAAUUAAUGCAGGUUGAAGAUAAAUCAUCCAGGUCCAUGCUAGUGUUUGUUCCUGACUGAAUUUUCUUGUGGUAUCUUUCGGUGACUUGAUGGAUGACUGCACCAUACUGAGCCACACGUAGAGAGGAAAACAUGCAGCUAGUUGGUUCAGUUGUACAAGUCCUUGUGGAUCAUCUCACUCCUGUUUUACCUCAUGAAGUGACACGAAAUUGUUUACUGAAGAUCACUUUUGAUUUGUAUUUUCAUGUCACAUUUUUCACCACAUUAUUUUGCUGUUUUUCAACAGUAAGUCUCGCAUUUCUUAGGUCACAUUAUAUUUAAACUAAAUAUCUGUAGGUAGAUAAUGUCACGUUAGACUCUGGGAAUUUGUUAACGGGCCUUGUACACUUUUUUUUUUUUUUUUUACAGACUAUUCAAUCAAUCAAUCGAAAACAAUAUCACAAUCAGAAAACAAUCACUAAACAGUGGCCAACAGACGAGUACAUCCCCAGUUUCUAUAAUGUUGAUAAAAAUAGGCAUCACAGUACCUCAGUAAAGAGUAUGAUGUUUUACAGAAGGUCCAGACUCAUGAGACUAUCUCUCAGUGUUUUUUUUUUCUGUUUCAUUCCAGUUCAGCUCCAGCUGCAUUUUUCAUCUCUUUAAAAUAGUUCCAGAAUCGGGGUCGAAGCUACCAUUGACAGCAGUGACAUCUUCUAAUUGUUUUUAUUUCGUUGUAUUUGUAUUUUAAUUUUAUUUUAUCUGUGUGAGAGAGUUAGAAGGGUUGGGGGGAGGGGGUAAUUAGUAACAGACAGAAAGCGAAACAACAGGCCUCAGCACUUUCCUGCCAGGUUUUUAUUCAUAGCAGCAUGAAGAAGGCUUUGAAACACCAUUUAGACGUACAGGUUGGAACAUUUUAAAGGCAUAAUCAAGGCAAGGCUGGGCAAAUUAGUAAAAAAAAUACAGAGCUUUGGGGUUCUGUAAAAUGUAUGUGAGGGCAGAGGCAUCCUGUUGACCAAGUGGUGAAGAUGUAUUACCAUGUAACUGCAAUGGAUAAAAAGAUAGAAUUAAAAGGAAUAGUCAGAAAAAUAGGUUAUUUGGGGAAAUUUGCUUAUUUUUGUUUCCAAAAUGUUGCUCAUAUCUGUGGAUCAAUACUACUUGCAGCCAGUUAGCUUAGCUUGGCAUAAAGAGUGGUAAUGGAGAAACUUCAAUCCUGGCUCUCUCAAAAAAGACUUGAAAAGACAAAAAUGAAGGUUACUUGUGCAAUUGAGUAAGUAAUCUGAUAUUAAAUGUACUUACUGCCAAAGUAAAAUAAUAAAUGUAUAUGUAUACAG